UCUACCAGUGCCCCUCACUCCCAACCCACAGCCCCUGCUACCCCGGCCCUGGGCUCCCCCAGCUCUGCCAGUGCCCCUCACUCCCGACCCGCAGCCCCCUGCUAGCCCGCUCCAGCCUUGGCUCCUUAGCACCGCCUGCAGGGCCCCCCCGGUUCCCAUCAGGUCACACCCAGGGCUCAGGCCUCUCUUGCUUGGGCAUGACCCCCCCACCCCCGGUUAAUCCCCCGGCUCCGCUAUCUCGCUGGCACUGGCAGCCCGUCAAUCACCGAGCUGAACAAACUAACCUGAAACCAGCCAAUUUAGGGAUCAGUGUCAGGUCACCCGGCUAGUGAGCGGCUACGAUCAGCCCGUCCCUCCGUCACGCGCCGGCCCGCGGCACCGUCCGCUGCCUAUAUAAAGCACUUGGGGGCACCGGGGGCUGACACAGACGGACCAUGGCCACCAUCGUGCUAGCCCUGUUCCUGGCGGGCUGCCCGCUCCUGCGCUGGACGGCUGCCUCCGCCGUCCAGAAUCUGAGCAGCGUGAUGGACGCCAGCGGUCACUGCGUCUGCACCGUCAUCCUGCCCGACGACACCUUCCCCCUGCGGCGGAUCGAGCUGCUGGAGACGUCCGCCCACAACCUGACCCUCCGUGUGCAGCAGGAGAUGGAGAAGCUCCAGGAAUACGGGCAGCGCCUGGCGUGGUACGAGGCCAAGCUGCAGAACGCCAGCCGCCGGCUGCAGCUGCUGGAGGUGGGCGACCUGACCCCCACCGAGCUGGACUUCCAGGAGCUGCGGAAGGAGAUCGGCGACAUGGAGUCCUUCGUGGGCCACCUCCGCUCCUCCCUCAACGGGAGCGACACCACGGUGGAGGUGGUGCACCGGGAGCUCCAGAACAUGUCGGUCACCGUGAGCGCCCUGGAAUCCUACGACAAGAGCCACGUGGUGGCCAUGAGGCGGGAGCUGACCACGCUCAAGCAGCGCUUGGAGGACUGUCAGAAGGACAAUCCCCUGGUGGGACGGCAGCCGCCGAUCGGCACGUGCGACCACCGGGGGAUCUGGCGGCUCAGCAAGCCCACGGUGGUGCAGCUCAACUGGCGAGGCGCGAGCUACAAGGCCGGGGCCUGGGGCAAGGAGUCGGCCCUGCGCGCCGGGCGGAAGGAGCGCUACUGGGUGGCCCUCCUGAACCUGGACGGCCGGCGGCUGGACUCGGUGCGUCUCUACGGCUCCUACCAGGACCUGCUGCUGUCCCGGAACCACACGGACCAGCUGAUCACGGGCUUCGGGCAGGGGGCCGGGCCGGCGCUGUACAACGGCUCCUUCUACUACAACUGCUACAACGCGCGGGACCUCUGCCGCCUGGACCUGGAGAGCGGGGCCGUGGACCGCAAGGCGGUGCCCAACGCCGCCUUCAACAACCGCUUCUCCUACACGGGCACCAGCUGGCAGGGCCUCGACCUGGCCGCGGACGAGAGCGGGCUAUGGGUGUUGUACGCCACUGAGCGCAGCGAGGGCAACAUCGUCAUCGGCCGCCUCGGCCCCGGCUCGCUGGCCCUGGAGAAGACCUGGCAGACCUCCCAGUACAAGCCGGCGGCCACCAACGCCUUCAUGGUGUGCGGGGUGAUGUACGUCACCCGGGCGGUCAGCACCCACCGCGAGGAGAUCUUCUACGCCUACGACACCCGCACGGGCCGAGAGAGCCGUCUUAGCCUGCCGCUGGACAAGGUGACGGACGUCGUGCGGUCGCUGAGCUACAACCCCAGUGACCACAAGCUCUACAUGUUCAGCGACGGCUACCUGCUUCGCUACGACGUCCUCUUCCGGGCCUAGCGCCCGGCCGCACGGCCAGCUCCCGGCGCGGGUCGGCCUCCCGCCUUCUCCGUUCCUCCAACCCCGUCCCGCCUUCUCCGGCCCAGCCUUCUCCCUCCACCUUCUCCGGCCCAGCCUUCUCCGUUCCUCCAUCCCCCUCCGCCUCCUUUCCCCCCUUCCAUUCGCCCGCAAGCUCCCCUCCACCCCUUCCCUUUCCCCCCUUCCCUGCCCCUUGCUCCCCGGAUCCUCUCACUCCUUCCUGCCCUCUUCCCCAGCCACCGCCCGGCUUCCUCCUCCCGCCUCCAGCUGCAUCACUAACGCCAACCAACCUCCUGGCGCCCGGGCUCCGUCUCCUGCCCCGAUCGGGUUUCUGCCACCCCAUGCAAUGCAAGCGCGGGCGGGGCUGUGAUCUCGGCUCCCGAGUCCCCUUUACCCCAAAUCCCCUGCCCGCGGCUGGAUUGGGGUAAAGGGACCAGAACGGAUAAUCAGACCGUUGGGGUUUCCGGGUCAUUGUUCUCUUGGGUUUACAUCCAUCCCAUUGGCUCGCUGGCGUUGCAGCCAGUCCCGUUCGGCUCCCGGGAUUUGGGGGUUAGCGAUGCCGCUUCUCUUGCGUUUUCUGAGGCCCCAUCGGAGCCUGAUUUUUGCCUAGAACUUCCCGGUAGCGAAUAAAGGUGAUCAUGU